ACACUGCAACUCAGGACAGAUGAAGCACACACUUCAGCUUCGCCUUUUACCUUGAAAAUCGUCUUUGAAAGCGGUUUUCAUGUCAGGCUGUUUUUAUCAACAUGCUAGCAGCUGUUAGCGUGUUAGCUCGCCAACGGUAUCUUUUUGGCGCUUUACUGCAAGUGUUUUUCUGGUCCUGUCCGCCGUUAUUUGAGCUGUUCGCAAGAAAUUUCAGCUGCAGGAAGGAAAGAUACAAGAUUACAGAUGGGGCGCAGAAAGUCAAAGAGAAAGCCACCUCCCAAGAAAAAAAUGACAGGGAACCUGGACACCCAGUUCACUUGCCCGUUCUGUAACCAUGAGAAAUCCUGCGAUGUCAAAAUGGAACGAACCCGCAACACAGGAAUUAUAUCAUGCAGCGUUUGCUUGGAGGAGUUCCAGACUCCAAUAACCUAUCUGUCCGAGCCAGUGGAUGUUUACAGUGACUGGAUCGAUGCCUGUGAAGCAGCCAAUCAGUAGUCCUGCUUUGCUGUGACUCAACUUCUCUCUAACCUCACUCACUCACAUUUCACCCCUUUGAAGUGGUGAAUCAGUUCCUGUUUAUUUAGCACCAUGUAGCAAAACAUCAUGUUUUUCAAGUGUUUGAGACGCUUAGGUCCAUUUUCACUACAACGUGGCCUGCUGAGCAUGACGCGUUCCUCUGGCUGGGCCAGGGUGUUGCCAAGUUGUUUUGACAGUAACAUGUCUACAUAAUAGUUCUCAGUAUAAAUAUUUCCAUAUCUCAUUACAGGGAUUUGUUUAUGAAAAGUGUUGCUGUUUUUUAUUUCUUUUACAUUAGAUCAUGAUGUUUUCUCUUUAUGGACCAAACUGUCAUACAAUUAAGUUUAAAUUGUAAUCGUCUGAUAUAUCUACUAGUGUAAAACAUUCCAUGUUUUUUAUUGGUAUUUGUGAUUUAUAGAUGAAAAAAUACUCUGUUUUCUUUAGGUUAUUUCAGGGUUGUAUGCAGAUUAUUAUGACACAUACAAAUGUUACUUUUGUAGACGUAGUGUUUUUAGUUUUCAAACCUGUGCACUGUGUACUAAUGCACUGAAACAUUUUGUCAGUUGACUGUGUUUUCUUUUAACUGCCAAAUCAUCAUCAUUUUUGGACCAGUAUAUAUAUUUGUACUGCUAAAUUUUAUUUUCCUUUUUAAAAUCACAAUCAUGUAAUUUCUAGUACACUACUUUUGUGUAUUGUAUGUACUGUGUAAUUAGAUGUAAUGUCAAUAAUGAGAAAGUUAAACCAGAACCAUAUUUUUGAAGUGUUUUUUA